AUGGCUCCAGUCACACUGAAAACGGUCGAUAAUGACCUCAAGGACGCAAUCCAGCACCUCUUCGAAAUUCAAUCCGCCGUACACGGCUAUCUAGGCCCAGAGACCCAACAAGAGCUGGUGCGCAAAAUCAAAAACCUUACCCUUACACUCUCCACCCUUUCCAGCCACACCCAAGAUACAGACCAGGCGCCCGACGGCCAAUCCAACGAUCCCUCCAACCCCUCACUUGCCAGCAUCCAGCUUCCCCCAGAGAUCAUUGAUUACGUGGACUCCGCGCGCAAUCCAGACAUCUACACCCGUGAGUUCGUGGAGCUGGUGCAGCGCGGAAACCAAGAUUUGAAGGGAAAGCGCGAGGCUUUCGCUGGCUUCCGAGACGUUUUGGCCCGUGAGAUGCGGAGUGCGAUGCCUGAGUGUCGUGGUGAGGUGGAUCGCGUUGUUGCUACGACAGGGGGCAGUGUUGAUCACGACGCUGGGGCUGGGGCUGGAGCCGCACAGUGACCGGAAGUACAAUACUACAUGUGAUGAUCAAAUCGGGGACUA